AACCAAUCAGCUGCUAGGGGUCGGUCUAUGUAACUGGCCGCAGUAGGUUAUCAGUCUGGAUCUUCGCAGUCCGAGGUCAGGAAGCCAGAUGAACCCACAGACAAGCGGGCAUCCGAACCCAACAGUCGCUGAGAGGACACGGAAGUUGGGUAUGCAGAAGCAAUGCUGACUGACCUGCACGCAGCCAUGGUACCGAAGCGCGAGCCGGUGAAGAUAGAGGACCGCGAGCGCACGCAGGCAGCGUGCGAGUGCCAGAGUCAAUGCAACAACUGCAAGAUCUUCCUGAGUUUAUUCAUCAUCUCGCUCUCCCUGCAUCUCAUCACGCUCUUCUGCUACCUGGACCUGCGCUCGGAGCUCAAACGCGAAAUAUCCCAGAAAAACAAAGAUGAUGUGCCAUCCACCGUCCCGCACCAUGAAGCUACAGAGCCUGUGCUCUGGUUACCGGACACCGACCACCCAACAAUAAGCGAUCAGGGCAGAUGGAAGGAUCAUAUGCAAGAGCUGGAAACGGUCAUUCAUCGCACCAAACGUUCAGAAUCGAAUGGAAAAAAGAAAGAGCGAAAAAAGGGCAAGAAAGGACCCCCUGGCGCUCCAGGACCUCCAGGUCCACCUGGUCCACAAGGCCCUCCUGGAAUACCAGGGAUACCUGGGAUCCCAGGGAGUAAUGCAAUGGGACCAUCAGGCCGACCGGGCCCUCCUGGACCAGCAGGGCCACCCGGACCACAAGGUCCACCUGGACCACAGGGACCUUCAGGUGGUGCAGAGAGAAGCAGAUACAGAGAGUCGCAGCCUGCUGUGGUGCAUCUUCAGGGUCAAGAGACCACAAUCCAGGUGAAAGAAGAUUUGUCAGAAGGUGUGCUGAGGAAUUGGAAAAUGAUCUCAAUUCAUCAGAGAGUGUUUAAAAUGCACUCGCGCUCUGGAGAGUUGGAGGUCCUUCUUGAUGGAACAUACUUUAUAUAUAGUCAGGUAGAAGUAUAUUACCUGAACUUUACAGACAUAGCAAGUUAUGAGGUAAUGGUAGAUAAGACUCCAUUUUUGCGCUGCACGCGGAGUAUCGAGACCGGCCAGCGCAAAUUUAACACCUGCUACACUGCGGGUGUCUGUUUAUUGCGAGCCCGGCAGAGGAUCUCCAUCCGCAUGGUUUAUGAAGACACCUCCAUCUCCAUGAGCAACCACACAACCUUUCUCGGCAGCAUCCGACUAGGGGACGCCCCAGCUACAGGACACACUUGAGCCCCAAUCAUCUCACAGAUGGACACAGAUAUCGUUAGAUGUGCACGAGCCAACGUGCUCACAGACCACACCCAUUUGAGCCAGUAUGUCUCAUUAGCCCAUUCCCAGUCUAACUAAUGGGCUCUUCUGCAUUUUCACCAACCAAGUAAUCUUUAGAGGAAAUCCGGCACUCCCUACGUAGGAUUGGCUUCAUCAACACUGACCAGCAUUCACCACAAGGUCAAACUCUCUCAUUGCACUGAAGCUUAUUGCCAAUCCUCAAGCAUUAAAGACCCAACAUUCACCCCAGGCAUGAAAUCAAUACGCGUGUUUACAAAUUGAAUCAACAGACAUGGUGAAUAAACAGGAUGAAGUGUGAUUCAGGAGUUCAAGGAAAGCCACAGAUCAUGCGUUUGGAUUUUUUCUGCCUUUAUCCUUCAUGGAGUAGAUGUCAAAUGCCGGAGACAAAAACUGCACCUGCUAUAAAUGUGUUUGGAGCUACUGAGAGCUGACAGAUCAAAAUGAACAGUUUUCUGCUUUUAAAACACCGGCAGCAACCUGCUCCAAACAGACAUUCACAAAAAUAGCAUCAUAAACACAAAUAGCCUAUGAGCAUGGGUACUGUUCUGUUAAAAUUAGCACUGAUUAUGGCAAUGCAUAUGAAACAUAAUAUCUUUUAUUUUUCAUUUAUCUCUUGAUUUUCCAUGCACACACACACACACACACAGUUUGUUUUCAACUUGAAGUACUGAAAUUCUGAACAUGCUAGCAAUAUGUAUUAUUCUGUCAUCUGGUUCUAUAAUGUGGUUUUUUGUUCAUAAUUUGUUGGAAGAACCGAGUGUGUGUGUGUGUGUGUAUGAUGGCAGUAGUUCAGGAACUGGCAUACUUCUUAAUCAUUGAAUGCCCCCUAAAUCUAGAUUCAUCUCUCUGAAUACAAAAUACCACAUGUGUCCUGCAGGGGUCAGUAGUGUUCGGGACACCAUACUAUCACACCUUACUAUUGUUGCAGUAUGUAUAUUGUGCAAAGUAUGACGUUUUUGUAUGCAUAGAGUAUCUGGGUAAUCUAAUAUAUUUGGUCAAAUAAGCAUUAUACUAUGUGGAAUAGUAUUCACAAUGCAAAGUCCCACACAUCUCCAGUGAGACAGAUGAACUGGAUUUCACAUAGUUUUUUUUAAAUAGUGGAAAGUAUACAUUAUAUACUGCAAAGUAUACAGUAAGCUAGUAUUCCAUUCUGAACAUAGUCUUUGUCUUUCCCUUUUGCGCACACACAUACAAGCAUAGGUUAACUCAAUUACCAGCCUCGUAGUUCAAGAUUUAAUGGGUUCAGAAUGGGAAAGAAUUAUGUGAGUGUAGUUUAGUUAAUAAUUAUCAGGUCACACACACACAAAAUGCUGGAUUAUUUUCAACCAAGCAUUUAGUCAAAAGGGAACAAACUCAACCUGCUGGGUUGUUUUAACUCAUUGUUAGACAUUUUCAGGGUUAAUUAACCCAACAGCUAUGUUUGUUUUAUAACCCAGCAUUUUUAGAGUACAGAGUGAGAAAUAAGCAGCUUAAAAAAGAACCAUGGGAAUUAUCUGGAGUGCUGGUAAUCUGCCCUUAGGUUCUCACUGUAUGCCCCCUGUGGAAAUGUAAGACAACAUGCGGGAUCAGAACAGGAGAUGGUCUGAAUAUGACUGCAUUCGAACAAAUUUGUUGUUUCAAUAUUUUCUACUCUUAAACAUCAGAUCCGACCAACUGUUUGUUUUAGUUUUUGUAUUUGGUGUGUCUUUUAGAUAUGUGUGCCUUUAAAUGAUUUGUAUACUGUUAGUAGUCAUGUUUUACUGAAGAUAAUGUAUAUUUGUAAACUAUACAGGGACUGUAUAUAUGUACAUAAGAUCUUUUUUGUACAUUUUUAUGUCACAUUAAAUUGUUUUUGAAAGCUUG